AUGGGCUCCCCCUUCGACAUCAAUGGCGGUGCCUGUGUCGCCAUGGUGGGCAAGGACUGCGUCGCCAUUGCCUGCGACCUCCGCUUGGGCAUGCAAGCCCUGACCAUCUCCAACAACUUCCCCAAGAUCUUCAACUACGCUCCCUCCACCUAUCUCGGUCUUACUGGCCUCGCAACCGACGUGAAUACCGUCUCGGACCUCUUCCGCUACAAGGUCAACAUGUACCGCCUGCGCGAGGAGCGCCAUAUCUCCCCCUCAGACCCUGGCCAACCUGGUCAGCUCAUCGUUCCCUUCAUUUGUGGGUUCGACAGCAUCGGUUGUAUCGAUUUCGCCAAGGACUUCAUUGUCAGCGGAACGGCGAGCGACCAGCUGUUCGGUACCUGCGAGGGUCUCUGGGAGCCUGAUCUUGGCCCUGAGGACCUGUUCGAGACCAUCUCCCAAGCACUACUGAGUGCUGUCGACCGAGACGCCCUGUCUGGUUGGGGCGCCCAGGUUUACAUUAUAGAGAAGGAUAAGGUUACCCAGCGGCUACUGAAGGGACGUCAAGAUUAA